CUUUUCUAAUACUAGGUUAAACUUUAUAGCCGACCAAUCAAUAUUGAGACUUUAAUUCAAAGCGGUAAUAUAUAAUAAAACUGCAAGUUCCUGUUAUUGUAGCGGGAGGUAAUCCGUAAGGUACGAUAUCUAGUUAUCGAUAAUACAGGGUUUAUCUAAUCUAGGAUUUACAUGUCAAUCCCCCACUAUGCGUCCAAUUCUAUCGACAUCUAUGAGGAGCCAUCAACGCUCUGAGCAAGCUUCAUACAUACCUAGGUACGUACCUAGGUACCUAAUACCCCUUCUCCAUAUUAUUAUAUAUAUCCGAGUUAUAAUUGUCAACUAGAAUAAGCGCAACGCUCCUAUAUGAUAAAUACGGAAACAUCGGAUUUUCUUAAUAGUUAUACAAAGACAAGAAAUAGACACUCAAUGACAAACCCCCGCCGUUAAUCUUAAAUACACCAUCAUCCCGCGUCCAAGACAACUGCUUUCUGCAAACGCCAAUCAGCGCAACAUUAUCCAAUCAAUCGCAAUACGGCCAAGAUCCUUUAAACCUACCCCAGAGACCGACGCCAUGGCAGCCGACGAUCGCCCGCGGAUCCUAUACGCAGAUUCGGGUCCGGAGCCUCCGUAUCCGCUGCGCAUGGAAGGCACCGUCAUAUCCGGCUUCGGCCGCGGGUCCAAAGAACUCGGCAUCCCAACAGCCAACCUCCCCGUCGACUCAGUCGCUGCGCCCUGGAUCGCCAGCGCAAAGUCAGGAGUGUACUUCGGCUACGCCGCGCUGGCUCUACCGUCAUCCCAUCCCGACCGACAAGACACCAGCGACGCUCCAAACCAAACCCGCGAACCCCGCCAUCGCUCCAACCCCCGCGCCGCCGCCGACGCGCCUCCGGCCUCUCACCCACCCCCUCCCACGACGACAUCAUCCGCCAACUCCACAGCCACCCCGACCGCGUCGCAGAAGCGCUGGCAGAUCUACCCCAUGGUAAUGUCCAUCGGCUACAACCCCUUCUACAAGAACUCGGUGCGCUCCGCCGAAGUGCACGUGCUGCGCGAAUUCGGCGCCGACUUCUACGACGCGCCGAUGCGCCUGCUGAUCCUCGGCUUCGUGCGCGAGGAGCGCGACUACGCCUCCCUCGAAGCGCUCAUCACCGAUAUCAACGUGGACUGCGAGGUAGCGCGCCAGAGCCUCGCGCGCCCCGCUUGGACCCCGCGCGAAGGCACCGCGGAUGGCGUCACAGGCGAGUUUGACGGCUCUUGGCUUGUCAGGGAGUCGUAGGGAUACUUAUUUAUCAACCUACGUAUAUACAUAUGAUAUAUCCUAUUUUCUUACUUACCUACAUAGGCAAUAUGUCAUAAGCAUGUGACAGGGUAAUGCGAUCAGGAGGGGCAAAAGGGGGGGUAAGGGGGCGGAUUACCCGAAUUGUCCCGUUCCGAGGCAUUCUCGUUGGAAAUUCCCGGAUAUUCCUGGGUGCACGUGAGACAUGUUCGAUGCGGUUCUUCUAUACAAGACCAGGUAUUGGUCGGGUGGUUUAUUGGGUGGGCGUUCAGUGCAUACAUAGAACAAGAUGUGCUGAAUUUUUGGUAUCUUAGAAGAAGUCAAUGAAAUUCAUGGUGGCUCGGUCGUAAAACCGAUU